UGAGAAGAUGCCUCCAGCCUGCUCUCUGCUUCUGCAGCAGCUGUUCUCAAGGUGCAGCCUGGAAUUCGAGCUGUGGUGAGUGUUGGGAAAAAGGAGGCCACACAUUGCUUGUCCAAGGCAACUGUCCCAGCCUGUCUGCAGGAUGAACCAUGGGCCUGGUUAGGAUGUGAUUAAAGAGAUUGAAAACCUAGAAUGGCAGGAGAACAGAAGCCAUCCUGCAAUCUUCUAGAGCAGUUCAUUUUACUAGCCAAAGGAACAAGUGGCUCAGCUCUGACUGCUCUUAUAAAUCAAGUGCUGGAAGCUCCUGGGGUUUAUGUCUUUGGAGAGCUGUUGGAGUUAACAAAUGUGAAAGAGCUUGCUGAGGGCUCUAAUGCUGCUUAUUUCCAGCUGCUGAACCUGUUUGCAUACGGAACCUACCGGGACUAUGUGGCAAACAAAGAUAACCUGCCUGAAUUAACAGUGACUCAGAAAAACAAGCUGAAGCACUUGACGAUCGUGAGCCUGGCUUCCCGAAUGAAGUGCAUUCCCUAUUCUGUGUUGCUGAAGGACCUGGAUAUGAGGAAUCUGAGGGAGCUGGAAGAUCUCAUUAUUGAAGCAGUUUACACAGAUAUUAUCCAGGGGAAGUUGGAUCAGCGAAACCAGGUGUUAGAGGUGGAUUUUUGUAUUGGCAGAGACAUUCAGAAGAAGGACAUCAGUAACAUUGUCAAAACACUCCAGGAAUGGUGUGAUGGCUGUGAAGCAGUUCUUUUAGGAAUUGAGCAGCAAGUACUUAGAGCCAACCAGUACAAAGAGAACCACCACCGAACUCAGCAGCAGGUAGAGAUGGAGGUCACAAACAUAAAGAAAACAUUAAAAGCUACAGCCUCGUCGUCGGCACAGGAGAUGGAACAGCAGCUGGUAGAGCGAGAGUGCCCUCCACACACAGAACAAAGGCAGCCCACAAAGAAGAUGUCCAAAGUCAAAGGGCUGGUCUCCAGCCGUCACUAGAACAUGCCAUCUAAUGUCAUUCAGUCAGGAAUGACAACAGGAGGAGCAAAAAGGGCCUGCGUCUCCUUUUUCAGUGGGUUCUGGGCCAGUCCCUUCCCAGCUGGCAAGUAAAAGCCCUGUUUGAACAGCUCCCAGUUAGCAGCACCUGGCUAAGUUACACUGUGCAGCUCCUAUGAGUUUUCAGGGUGUCCCUGCUGUGGUCCUGUCAAGAAGGACUUUUAAAGAGAGGGACUAACCAAAAGGGGCAGGAAAAAACCAAAAUAUCUGUGGGCCGUUUUGCUCCCUCCCAGCCAGUUCAUUGCUGCUUAACCUUGAGGAAGCUGCUCUACUGAAUCAGAUCAUGGGAGAGCUUCUCUAGCAAGCAUGUGAAUCCCAUUGAAGUGUGGCUACCAAAGCCAGGCUGGGAGUGAGGAAGCCAUCAGCACAGAUCUUUUCAUUCCCAAAGGGAGCACAGGAAGGUUUCUAGGCCAGGAACUGCUUUACAUGGAAGCCUUCAGCCUUUCCACUACCCCUGUCUAUUUUAAACUGGGGUGAAAUUCACACUACCUCGCUCUGUGAAGAUGAGUUCCAGUGCUGGGCUGUUUACUUAACUGUCUGUUUACUGCCCUUACUAAGCCCUUUAAUCUCUCACAGAUUUAAAGCACUGUUCUGCAUCUCUGAGGCAUCAGUACAAUAAGGAGGAAGCAGGCUGCCCUUUCACACAGACCUUGCAGGUGGUUAGGGGCAUGCUAGAAACUAUUCCUCCUGAAUGUGAUGUGACCUCCCAGAGCUGCUUGUGAGUUGUUUCCCCCAUUGAUACCUUCAAAGGGUAAUGCAUUCUCUCUUCCUUGGAUGCUGGCAGUGGGAGAGGAGCCUGUUUGGCAUGGAGGCAGGCUGGUGGCCCAGGACCCACUGGCAGGGGUCGCAGCAGCAUCCCCUUGCUGAAGCAAUGGACUUGAUGAGUCUUUCUGAAUUUUGAACACUUUCAGGUUGUAUUUUCCUCCUUUUUUUUUGUUUGGUUUUUUUUUUUUUUUUUUGUACAUUGUUGUGAUUCUAAAGCAUUUCAGCCUUUGUUUUGUGGGGUUUUUUUUUAUUUGUUACAAACUAACUUCAGGUGAUUUGCACCUAGUUUGGCACGGUGUAGGGUUUUUUUUAAGGGGGAAGCAUUGGAACAGCAAUUCAUAAAAAAGUACAUUUUAGAAAAAAAAUUAAAAAUGGUGAUUUAAUGUCAGAGUCUGGAGUCUUGACUUGGAGGCUGUUUUAGGCUUGUUGUCCAAUGGCACUUGUUCACUUGAGCAUAUUUGAUUCUUGGUGUAUGUUGACUGAAGUCUGACUGAUCUCUCUGAUGCAUCUGGGAGACAGGGAAGCCUCUUCACGUUUUGUCAGUCGUUCAUCUUUGUCAGGUUUGUGCAGAAGGAUGUGUGGCAAAGCUGGUAGCUGAGACCUGUGUCCUGAGCCUAAACAGCUUUGAUGCCUGGUUGUGGAAGGUUCAGAGUUGUGCUCUUAGGCCAGUCAGUUCCUUCCUUUGCAUCUAGCAGAGUGCUGCUUUGAAAUUUGGCUCCUGCAUUUCACUUGUGUAAAGAGAAGCUCUUUUCCUGGGCAGGCAGGGGAGCUGUUUAAGCAGAGGAGUGUGACAAUGCUCCAGUCCUGCAGCCAGCUGUCACCUGCAUUUGCUCGUGCAAUGCAUGUGCCUUCCUCUUAUUGCUACCAGGACUCUCUGCCAUCUGUGUGUUUGCAGUCCUCAGUCACAGGACUUGCUUACUUGUGAAAGUAAAUCCUUUUCCUUUUCUUCUCCUGCAGGGCAGGCACACCAGCUUUCAGUCUGGAGAGGAGGAUCAAAAUACUCUCCCUCCAGCUUCCUCUGAGUCAAAUCCCAGACACUUCUGAUUCUGGUCAGGCUUCUGAUUCUUUACCAGCUCUCUCUCCCCCUAGAAAUGCAACAAGGAUGUUAAGUGGAUAAGCCCAGAGCACGAAGCUUUCACCAGUAACUCAAUGGAACUGUUUCCCAAGCAGUGGCAGGAUUAGCUCCUGUCUCAUCUUCUCACAGUGUUCAGCUGACAUCAUCUCAGGAGGUGCAGGUGGAGCUUGUGUUCCCAGGUCUGUGAUGGAGAUGGACUGUGUCUGUUUCUAGCCUGCUGUGUGGACAGCUGCCAUGUGCUGGUCAUCCAUUUCCUCACUGGAUUUGAGUAGUGAGGCUCUAUGGUCCUCUUUCCAUUUUUAAUAUCAGUCCUGCAAAGUGGCAGGGGGAAUACAAAUGCCUUUGGGAAUCAUUUUAGCUCCUCAUCAAGCCACAGUCUGCUGGGGAGGUAGAUGUGAGUUUGGUGCCCUUGAUGUUUAUUCCCUGCCAAUUUCAGGAGUCACAUUAGUUUACUGAAGCUUCUUUUGUGGUUGGAAGUUUUUGAGUUUGUUCUUGUGUUUUUGCUGUUUUCAAAGCCUGGCUGGGGGUGAGGAUCUUAUUUACACUUUGGUUCACAUUGCCUUUGAUCAGCAAAGCAGCAAGAGAGGAAAUAGCACUUUGAAUAAAGAGCUGUCCCAUGUCUUUUGGUGACAGAGGACAGGGAAGGGACUGGUGUGUUGGAGGGGAUGGAGCUGUUUGCAUGCUUGACUUUCCUGGUGUGCCAGCAAAGGGCUUGGUGCUGCAAAAGGAGGGGAAUGUCUGCAAUGAGCCCAGGCUGAGAUGAGUCAUUAACAAAUGACAUGCACAGAGUACCUGGGGGAGGCAAACAGCUCUGCAGCAGCUGGUUAAUGAAUCUGGCUUGAAGGAAAGAGUUAGAAGCUAUUCCAGAAAUGAAGCAGAAGGCAGAGUUGUUAAUGGGAAAGGAUGCAGGAGGUGCUGUGCUCUUUGAGAACAACAACAGACAAAGACUCUGUUGAGUCCUGUUGACUACAGGAAAGGCAGCAACUCAGAGCAGAGUUGUGUGAAUUAGGGGCUGAAUGUGGGGAGUGCCCAGGGAGCUGAUCUGCUAUGGGGACGAGAGGGAGGGGGAAGCAGAGGCAGAUUUGAUGCAAACUCCCAUGGAUUGCCUGUGCCUGCUGGAGGCAGCCAACACAGCUUGUCUGAGCCCUGCUGGAGCUGCUCCCUGGUGCAGGGUGAGCAUCCUGCCCUGCUUUGGUUUAUGGCAGCAAUGGGAUGCUCCAGCUGCAGAGAUUGCAGCAGGACAGACUUUGAGCUAUUGAACUUCUGUUUGCCUUUUCCACCCAGAGGGAAAGAAAGUGGAUGGAAACUGCCUUCCCUCUGCUCUUCAGGGCUUUAUUGUCUAGCUUUGUGUUCUGCAGCUCCACUUGUACUAGUGCUUGUUUAAUAUGGAAUUGAGCAGUGAGCUGGAAAAUGGAAGAGAGGAUCUCAGCUGAUUGCAGUGCUGGUAGGCUGCCCUGGCCCUAAAGCUGUGCCUCAUGCUAACAAAUGUCCCUGGCACUCCUGCCGAGGCUCGCUUGAUACCAGCUAACAUCAGACAGUUCUGGAACACAAUAAAGCAGUGCUGAUGUCAGUCUCUAAAAGAAGAAAAAAAAAAAAAGUUUUGGAUUAAAAUCUCUUCUUCUUUUACUUCCCUCCUCACCUUCUUAGCUAAGUUGAAUGCCAGCUUACUCUUGUGUUGAGAGCAGGAGGGAAAAUCAGUGAUGCUGACAGAUCCUUCUGUCUUCAGAUUUGAGACUUGAUCUGCAAUCUUGUGCAGCCCUAAGAAAUCUUGUGGAUGCUUGUGGAGCUGUUCUCAGGCUUGCAGGUCUCUCUCCGUGGAUCAUGUAAAGGAGUAGGACCUGCAGAGCUGCUCUCCAGAGUGAAGCUUUUGGGCAGAAAGUGAAGCUUUUGUUCCUUACAGAAGACAGUGGUCAAAAGAAGUGGCAAUUUUCCCACCAGCCCUGCAAAGUGAAUUUUGCUGAACAUCUUUUAGUUCCUGAAAGAAUGUAAAAGGAUGCAGACCCCAGAGGGUGUUUUUUGUUUUAGUGUUCUUAUCCUAUGAGGGCAAAAUGCAUUGGUCCCUGUGUGCCAAGCAGACUUGUGCUUACUCACUGCAGGGAAGACAGAAGAAAGAGUGCCCUUAUCUCUGAUAGCUGUAUUAGAACAUAAAUUGCAUGGGCAAACCAGACUUUUCCUAAACUUUCAGUUCUGUACAGGGUUAUAUGAGUUCAGCUAAGCUAGAAACCACACACAGCCCACCCCUGCACAAUAAAGCAGCCCAAACUUGUGCAUUCAUGGGGCUGUUGGUGCUGGGGAUUACUAUUUUUGGUCUGAGCCUGUUGCAAACUGCAAUGCAGAAAAACAGCCUUGCUCUUUAUUAUUCUAAAUAAUGGGGAAAUUAAGAACCUGCCCAACAAACACAAUAGACCCAGAUAGCCCUAUCUCAGGCACCUGGUCACAAAGUUUCCUGUUGUUUUUUUUCCACCCCACUAAGUCCUCUAUAACACCUGACCUAAUGCAAGGGAACCAAAACCUGAGUCUGCAUGGCAUAUUUUUGUGUAAUCUGAAAGAGAGUAACCCAGGGGCAUCAAGAAAGGUAAAUUAAAGUUUAGAGAGAUCUCAGUUCCUCCUUGUAACCUCAAGCUUGUAUUGUUAAUUUGGAAUUUUAGCCUGACAGUGUGAUUGAAUUUCUAGCAGAGUUUUUAGGAAUAUGUCAUUGUUUCAUUCUGCUCCAUGACCAAGGUCCGUGUCUCUCAGGGACUGUUGACAUUUUGCUGAUAGUUCCUCAAGUUUGGCCCUCCCUCAGAGCUCCCAGAGGUAAGUGACUGUAAAGAGAGUGUGUGUUUACCCCCAGGCUGGGCUGACCCUGCCUCUCAGCAUCCCCGGAGUGCUACUCCCCUCUCCAGUGGGUCAGCCAGGCAAAGGAAUGGGCAGAGCAGCACUUUGCUCCCUGGCAGUGAAUCCACAGGCACGGAGGCUCCUUUGUACAGUGUGCACAUCUCAUGACAUGCCCCACUGCCUGAGUGUGGUAGCUUGACCACAGUUUUUUCUUGUUGAUAAGAAGAGAUGUCCUUGCUCUAGUGAAUGUGCAUACAUACACACUGGAAAUUCCAGGCAAUAAUGGGAUGCCAUAAGAUCAUUUAACAAUCCUGAAAUACAUGCUUCCCCGCAAAGCACAAAAUAAUUUGUGCCAGUAGUCCUUGCUUGCUCUAAUUCUAGUAGAAGAUGCACACACUUCCACAUCUCCAGAUCUCCAAAGAGCCUUUGGGAUCUGUAUCAUUAGGGUGUUUUUGAAAUGCCCUAGUCACACAUGAAGGCUCUGUGUUUCCAGAAGAGCUGAUUGGGGUGGGUAAGCAGAGCCUUGCUCCAUCAGGGGUCAGCCUCUUUGUGGUAUUUGGAGCUUGUCUGACCAUAGGCUGUAUUUUCAUGGGUAUGAGGUUUGGAAGUAGUGUUCUCUUGCCCUUCAGAUUCUUCCCAAAGAUGCUGUUUAUCUCGCCAGCCCUCGUGGUUCACUCAGUGUCUCAUGAUUAGCACAGUCCUAAGGCUGCUCUGUGCUGAUGCAGUCAGUAACGUCUUGGUGUUUCAUUGUCACCUUCACAGCUGUUAGAGAGCACCAGUUCCUUCAGGAUCACCUGCCAGCUGUGGUGCUGUACCUUUUACAUCACGACUCUGAGAUGACACCUCUCCUUGCUGGCAGACAGGCCAGGUGGGUAGGCAUUGCUCCUCAGAGCUGUUCUGCAUCUCAGGAGGCACAGGCUGUAGCCUGCUUUAGCACAACGGAAAUCAAGGACAAGGACAGUGUUGUAAAUAAGGGGCAAAGCACAGAACUGUGUCCUCUUCCUGCUGCAGCUGCAGAGAGCAGCCUUGGGCAGAUGAGUUCCUCUGCAGCUGCAUUUCCCAGGACAGCCUUGCUCCUUCCUGCUGACUGUGACAGGGUUUUGGUCUGGCUGGGCAGAGGUUGGUUGCUGAUGGAGUUGAAGAAGAUGAGUGUGUGCAGUAGGGGGGAAAUCUAAACACCUUUUAAGCUUUUCCAGGAGUCGUCUUCCUUUUAAGUAGCAUACCUUUCUUUUCCCCUGAUGCAGAUAAGGUGGUCCAUUGUGGGACUCUCAGCCUGGAGUAUUAUGGGUAAUGUACCAGGUUAAUUAUGGAGGGGGCAGGAAAAAUAGCCUGUGCAGUUUUCAACAAUAUCAAAGGGAUGCCACCUAAUGAUUUUCCUAUUAGCUCUUUUCCCAUCCUGCCAGAGUCACUGCAGAAGUGUCAUUUACAAAGGCAGUUUGCAACUCAUUACCCUGGAUUUUCACUGUAGUUCUGCUCCAGGGAGCGUGGGCUUUUGCUGUGUGCCCCAACCUAAUGAAUUGCCUGAUUCAGUUAGUGCUGCCAUCCCUCCUGACAAGGUUAGUUGCUGACUGACAGGAAGGGGCCUGGAUCCAAUUCCCUUCUCGUUUUUAACUCACGCUUGUGUCAGGUGCAGGCUCCCUCUGGAAGUCGCCCUGUGAUCCCUUCUCUUUUGUUUUUCUGCAUUCUGAGGGAAGCAGCCCAUGCUUGGAGAAGUCCUGGAGCAAGUGGCAGGGGCAUGUUUGUUGCUGCCCCUGGCAGUCCCUGCUCCAUGCCUCAAGUCCCUUUCCAGAUGGAAAAUUCCUUUGCUCUCCUGCUCUGGGACUCUGGGCUUCUCUUUUUCUUCAUUGCUUUGGGAUUUGCUCUCACCAGAGCUGGGCUUUGUAGCCCUUCAGCAAUAAGUACCUGGGAAGAAUUGCAUGAAUGGUACCAGGGAAAAGCGUGGAACAUGGGCUGGGGGAACAGAACAGGUUUCCCACACAUGAGAAGGCAACAGUGUCCCUGUUGUGAGUGCUCCAAGGUCUGCUCCAGCCUGUUUGGGCUUUGCCAGGCACUUGUACUGCAGCACUGGAGAAAGCUCUUUUUCCUUUUCCACUAGAGAGCUGUGUGCCUUUUCAGGCUGGGGGCUGAUGGCUCAACUCCUGCUAGGAAUUGCUCCUGGAGAGGAGAAAUCAAGGCUGUUCCUACAUCACAUCACAAGUGUUCCCAUUUGAAAGCUGAAUUGGGUACUGCUCAUCCAGCUGGUGGUGCAGGAAAUGUGUAGGUCCCAUGAGUGCUAAUUUGACCUGAGUAUGGACAGGAGACCCUGGAACUCCUUCUCCCCUCACUUCCAGGUGUGUGCACACACCUCUGCUAAAGGCCAUUCUCUGACACUGUGGUUGAGAUAUCAGAUGCCACCUCCUGAGGCUGCACCUUGCAUCCAGGACAGCUGUUGUUCACUUGUGCUGUCUGGGCUGGGAUGUAGCAGGGCAGUUUUCCAGGGCUGGCCAUGGAUCCUUUAAUGGGAUGUUGUGAGGAUCUGACCUAGCUGGCCAUCAGGGGAGGCAGUGAUGCAAGAUGAAUUUGUUUUUGCUGCACAAGAUGCCUCCUUGCCUCUUAAUUACAUUCCUGUGGCCCCUCUUUCUUGCUGUCCUUGUUUUCUACUGAGCCCCUGUCAGGGAGACCCAGUUGUGGCCAUUUUGGGUGAUUGCUGUGUUCUAAUGAGCCACUUCUGAUUCCCAUUCUUGCUUGUCCAGUGAAGCAGGAAAGUGCUCAUCAGUGCUCUGAGAACUGACCUCUGCUGGCAGUGCCACUCUGCCUGUCAGACCCACUGGUCUGGCUGUGCCACAGAGGGGCUGAGCUUGGGUGGAUCUGAGCUUUCCCAAGUGAGUGCUGCCUUCUCUCUUGCACAUCAUCACCACACAUGGGCACAUAUUCCUGUCCUGCUGGUGGGAAUCCACAUCCUAAGGGACAGGUGGCUCUCUGGUCAGACCAGAGGCAGGAAAGUGAGGAAACAAGCUGUUAUCCUCUCCCUCUGCACCAGGAGCUCUAGCUCUGAUUGCUUUUCUCUGCCAAGCUAAUGGCCUUUUGCUAUACAGCUUUGCCCUUUUCCUUGGGCUUGCUUUUUCCCAGGAAGCCCAGUGGAUGGAAGGGACCCAUGCUGUGGGCUGUGCUUUUAUUCUUGGACAAUGGUGCCAAGGAGAAACAGGAAUCCAGACUGUACAUGACCCCAGGCUGUGAUCUUCAAUCUCCCAACCUUAUCUCAGGUUCUGCCUCACUUAUGUGGUAAAAUUGUGUGGAUUAAAUUCCUGAGGCUGAGUCUCUGCUGCUGUGUUGAGGACCUCUGUCACUAGGCAGGUGGUUUUAUUUCAGCUCUGGCUUGCAGCAAAAAGCCAAAACUGGAAGGGGAAUUGUCCCCACCUUGCUCCCAGCCAGUCACUCUAUCAUGGUCACUACUCUGGCUUCAUGCUCAAGGACCAGGACCCUGAACAGCACCUGCAGCACCACCUUCUUACAUCUCUGUUCGGACCUGGCUGUGCAAGGUCUAUAGUAAGCAAUUCCUUGUUGUCCUUUAGGUUUCCUGAGUGACUGUGGACAGUCCCCUCUAUUGGGCAUCCCUUUAGGAGCUCCUGAUACAGCCCCUCCUUCCCUCUAAAGAUGUGUGGAGCUGGAAGGGUGACCUUCAGAGGUGUAUUUGCCUUACAGAGCCCUGACAGUGGGUUGCCAUUCCCUAUGGGAGCUGCCACUUGGCCAUCCUGCCUCCCUCCCUGCCAGGGUGUUGAUUUUGUUCCCCAUAGGCAACAUCUUAUGUGGUCCAUCAGCUGCUGCUCCCUGUCCAGCAAAAUCCUGUGGGCACUGCGAGGUGGGUACCCGUGCUCAUGCGAGGUCAGAAAUGUCCCCUAUGCACUCCUAACCUGAUGAUUGAGCUGUGGGUGUCUGGAUGAAUCCUCUUGUUCUGUUCACCCAGUGUUCUGUCAGAGCUGGGGUGAGUCUGGCUGGAGGUUUCUAUGGUUUCCUGCUGGUUGCUAAGGAAAAGGCUCGCUCAGCCUCUGGGUCUCGGUGACUUUCUCUUUGCCCUGUCCUAGGCACCGGAGCCCAGCAGAACAUAAUGCUCGUUGUUUCCCAGCCCACUACAAUGGCCAGGGCAUAAUUUGUGACUCCUGUCACGGCUGGGCUGGGCGCCUGCCACUCUUUUUUUUUCUAAGGCCUCUUUGAAGAAUGAGACCAAAGAGCCUUCAAGCAGGAGUUUGUGUGUUUACUGCACUCCCCGCCCCCUCACUUGCUGUUUCCUUUAGAGCUCCAAGUCAUUUUAACAAUUUAUUUCAUGCACUUUACGUAGCAAGAAGCUGUAGCAACAGCUGUGUCCAUGAAUCCUUACCAGGCAGCCCUCGGUAUAUUUUGGUCUGUGUAUUGUCCCUGGCUCAGUUAAAUAAAUCUCUGCUGGAGGAAGGGACUUUACAGCUUAGUGGCAAAGGGCUGGCGGAUGGGAAUAUCAACAAGACACUUAGUGGGCCACUGGAUCCUGGGAUAGCAGUGCCUCUGGCACAAAGCUGCUCCCAGCAGCACAGCCGGGGGCAGGUCCAGCGCGGGCCCUUUGUUGCUGUCAGCAGGGACGGCGUCUCCAUCCAGCAGCAGUGACAGAGCUGCAGCUUUGGGCUGGAGCUUGGGCUGGGAGCAGUUAAAGCACGUCUGGGACAGAUGCUGCCCUUGUCACGCUGCUGUGGAUCCAGGGCUCGGCUGUUAACUGUGCUGGGCUCAUUUCCACGGGUGCCAUUUGGGAUCUGGGCAUGGAUGUGCUGCCCGAGGCUGUGUGCUCUCGCAGGGAGCUCAGCUGGGGUCUGCAGAGUCCUGCAGUGCCAGGCAGGAUUCAGUCCCUCACAGCAUCACAGGAUUGGGCACAAGUUUACUUUUGCAUAUGGGAUCAAAGCUUAAAAUAUCAGCUGGCCUUUCUCUCACUCCUGACUUUUCUAAAACAUCUGAACAAUUUCUUCUUUAGCUCUGUUAAAAUCAAUCAAUCUGACAUUUAAAUUGUAUGUGAAUUUGAUAAAUAAAGACAGGUUACAAAAUGCCA